AUGAGCUCGAUGGCUGAGGGCAGUGAGGAUUGGUCGCGCGAGGACGAGCUUGACCUAGGCCAGGAAGAUGAUCCCCGACAACCCGACCAUGGCGCUCUCGACCAAACAUUACCUUCCCCGCAGGCACCAGCGGAAGAGGGAUUGGACACAAUAGACGAUGCGGAGGACCACGAUUCCGAGAAGACAGCGGGACAGAAUGAUUCUCAACUCCCAGAAACCCCUCCGCCGCGACAUGCGGACUGGACCGCGACAGGGAGCGUGGAUGAAACAGGGUCAAACCCCGACGAUUCCCCAUCGCUACAUGGAUCUAUUCCGUCAUCCUUGAGUAGCAGUGCGCUCGCACUCCGCGGAUCUCCGCGAGCCAGUCCGAGCCCGGCCCGUCGCCCCUUUGACCUUCGCUUCCAGUCCCGAUUAUCUUCGUCGCCGCAAAGUGUGUCUCGAGCCAGCUCGCCGUUCCUAGCGCAUCUCCACUCGCGACAAUCUUCAAUAACUAGCCAAAUCUCCCAGAAUCCAGAGACAGAAGUGGAACCGGCCCAAGGACCUUGGGAUGUGGUGCGAUGGACAAAGCUGCGAAGAAUCACGGGGCAGGCGUUUUCGGAAAUCGGGAAGCGCAGUUUCGGACGGCCAACUUGCCUUGCAGUAUCAACGUCUAUUGUAAUAGGUACAUCCAAGGGUAUCAUCCUUGUGUUCGAUUAUCAGCAAAGCCUGAAGACUAUUAUUGGAACGGGCACGCCAGCUGUUGAAUGCGGUGCUGUUACAUCUUUAGCACUUUCUGCAGACCACACUACCGUUGCAGGAGGGCAUGACUCGGGAGAUAUCUUUACCUGGGAGAUUUCGCGCUCAGCGAAACCUUUCCUUCACAUCCCACCAAUUCCGGCCAAUCAAGUCGAGACUCGAAUAUCUGAUGGCCAUCUUUCAGGAUCCGCAGUCAUUCAUAUUGGGUUCCUUGGCACUAGACGCACCGCGCUCGUCUCGGCUGACACUCAGGGCAUGUCGUUCUCACACCUAGCAACAAGGGGAAUGGGUGCAGUGGGGCGAACAGUCAAGACGACUCGAAUCCUGGGUCGAUAUCCCCAGGCAGCGGUAGAGACCAAGCGGCGGAAGCCCAGCUCUGUCCUUGCUUUCUCCCCUUUGCCACUCGGCAACGUAGAGCAAUCCACUGAUUCUUUGGGCCUCGUUGCUAUGCUGACACCCUAUCUUCUUGUCAUUGUGUCCACAACACCAGUGGCACAAACCCAACACAAAGCACCGAGGCCCAAAGAAGUUCCCGCCCACAGUGCCAUGACUGGUGCCCUGGCAUGGUUUCCAGCCAUUCGACUGAAGGGCAAAGACACCCAGACUUCAAACACAAAGCUUGUCUACUGCUGGUCAAAUGUGUUGACUGUGCUCGAAGUCUCGGAAGCCGAGUCAGACGAACCUGCCGACAAAGAUAAACCCCCCAGCCUUGUGUUCAGAGCCCGUAGCAGAUGGAGAGCAGAUGAAGCCAUUGUGGCUGUUCAGUGGCUCAGUCGCUCGGUGCUCGCAGUUUUCACGAUCACACAGCGGCUGUUAAUCAUCGAGGAUUAUUCCAUGCAUGUGACCGAUUCGGUCGAUCUCGCCUACAGACACAUAUAUCACACCGAUCUCUUUUCUUCACAGCUUCAUUCACUGGUUGAGCAGCUUGACGAGGAGGACGAGUCUAUGCACGGGGUAGUAGCAGAUGCAUUCCAUAUGAGUUUUCGUUCUUAUAAAGGGCGCUUGUUCUUGCUUGGUUAUAACGAAGCCUUGGUGGGCAAUCUAUCGAAUUGGGCUGAUCGCUUGCUGGCGCUUAUGGAGGCCGGUGACUUCAUUGGGGCCAUUCGACUUGCCACUUCUUACUAUACGGGGGAGUCGGAAAAGUUGACAGUCGGACUUCCGGAAGAGGAUGAUUUGAGACAGCCCAUUGUGCAAGAAAGGCUUUUGGAAAUGAUCUCCGCGUCCCUCAAAUAUGCUUUUGGCCGAAACUCCGAAGCAAGCACCGGCCGACUUGAGAACCAGCAGCUAGAGGAACUUGCAGAAGUUUCUAUUGCAGCUUGUAUCUACAUGGCCGACGAAGAAUUCCUCUGGGAGGAAGUCUUCAACUGGUACGAGGAGCAAGAUUCGGCGGGCAUUUUCCUGGAUGCCCUCGAACCACGCAUCGUUGAUGGAACUCUGCGAUCACUACCUCCAACCGCGGUAAAGGCCUUGAUCAACCAUUUCAUUGGAACUCACUCGGCCGGUCACUUAGAGGAGAUUAUAUGUCUACUGGAUACUACCACAAUGGACAUCGAUCAAGUCACAACGCUAUGUAAGCAGCACAAUCUUUACGACGCCUUCAUAUAUGUAUGGAACCGCUGUUUGAUGGAUUAUGUUGGACCACUGGAAGAGCUACUACAGCUAAUCCCCUCACAAUCCGAGUCUUUGGUCAACGGUGACUAUGUGGUCGAGAUGAGACGACAGAACAAUGCGAUGAAAAUGUUCCCCUAUCUUUCAUUCAUUUUGACGGGUCGCGUCUAUCCCACUGGAGACGACAUGAACGAGGCUGAAGCCACGCGAGCUAAAACUGACUUGUAUCAUUUCCUCUUCUCGGGCCGUGGGACCGUUUCAGUACCUGGAAAUACCAACGGGGCCGACCACUUCUCUCAACUUCGAGCCAUGCUCAAGUUCGACGCUUCCAGCUUCAUGAGCAUGCUCAACGAGGCAUUUGAGGACAGCUUCCUAAAUGAACCUGAGAGCGGGGAUGCUUCUGCGUCGGGCAUUUCGAUCAAUCGACAGUACCUUAUCAGCAUUUUGCUGCAAGUCAUGAGCGACGACCUUUUCACGCCUUUUGAUACCAUCUACCUUGAUAUGUUUGUUGCGCGCAAUCUUCCCAAGUAUCCCCAGUAUAUUCUCCUGUCUGGCACAAUCCUCCAUCAGGUUUUGGUCCGUAUAUGCCAAUAUCCCGAGCCGGAAAUGGCAGACGACUGUGAGUUGAGUGCGGAGUAUCUGCUGUCUUUUUACCACCCACCGGACAUCCAGGCCAUGAUUCCUCUAUUUAAAGAGGCGCGCUUCUUCCGGAUUCUCAAGUCGACUUACCGUUCAGAGAAACAAUACCCCCUGCUGGUGAUGACUUACCUGGAGGAUCCGAAUGAUCGCAAUGCCAUCUUCACCUGCCUCCAUGACUGCCUCCGUCCAGGCUCUGGGCUUGGAAAGAAACAGAGAGGUGAUACAGUGGAUGUAGUGAAAGAGCAUGCCAGGGAGAUCGCCGAAAUUGACGUCACGCACGCUGCACAGACGAUGCAGGGCCUGGCCCCCGAAACACACGCUACGUUUUUGCGGGUCCUAGAAGAUGAUCCCCACAAACAGUAUCAGUACUUGUCAGUCCUGGUAGAGCCGCAGGCCCAAACCGCGGACACGCAACCUUCGCCCAGUAUUGAGAACUGGAUGAUCGAGCGCUACGUGCAGCUCUUGUGCAAAUACAACCCCUCUCAUGUCGCAGACUUUGUCGACGGAUUGCGAGUCGGUGACAUCCACCUGGAUGAACUGCUCCCGUACAUCGAGGAAAGUGGGGCUAUCGAUGCUGCCGUCAUCCUCCUUGCCCGACAGGGCGAAGUCCGUAAGGCCCUUGACCGUCUUGUUGCACACCUGGGCACUCUCGAAUCCGGUCUGGUAGGUAUCCUACAGAGUGUACGCGAUAGCCCCGACUCAGCGACUACCGCCGAAGCAAUCGACGACCUGAUCGAAUCCCUGAACAAGUAUGCCGGUGUCGGAACAUGGCUCUGUCAGGGCCAAAGCAAGAUAGCCAAGCAGUCGCCCACAAGCAACGCCAACGGCAAACGCAACGCGCCAAGUCUCGACCAGCCUCUAGCCUUCGACGAACUCCUCUGGCUUGACCACAUCGAAGCCGUGGUCCGCAUCGCAAGCAAUGUGUUCGCCUUCAUACAAGAAAACAAUGCCCAUACAACUCUCCCCGCCCAACCAGCAACAUCCCUCGCCGGCGAAAGCGGCCGCCUCACAAGUUCCUUCCGCACCCUCGUUCAGCAAGUCUUCACAGCCCUCCUCGCCAGCACAGUCAAAAGCAGCCCAGCCGCAACUGAAAGAACAGACAUGUCCUUCUUACGCAUCCUACGCGCAUUCCUCACUCGCGCCGCAAGCUGGUCCCCCUCCCUCCUUGAGCUGCGCGCCGUGCUAGCCUCCAUUUUCUCCGCCUACUCCUAUGAGAAAUCCCUCUUAACCCUCGCAAACGGCAUGCUAGACCGCGACCUCUUCGUCCACGUCGAGGAAGUCUCCCGUUUACGCCAACAAGGUUGGCGACCCCGUGGCCACGUCUGCGAGAUCUGCCGCAGCCGCAUCUGGGGACCUAGCGUUGGCGACGCGCAUUGGUCUGCAUGGGAAGCGCGACGCGCUGAAACCCAUUCCCGCCGCAUCGCGAGACGUCAUGAGGAAAGCUACAACCCGUCUGAGCGCGGGAAAGGAAAGGCUGCUGAUGUCGGAGCGGGUCAUUGGUCCCGCCUAGAUGCGAGUGCACAUGCACAUGUCCACGCUCAUCGCGAUGACGCUCGUGGUAUGUCCGAUGCAAACGCUGACCACGAUCGCAAUCAUGACCACGACCACGACGGGGCUGGAGCUAGCUCUAGCACUGUUCAAGUCGCAGAAAGUUCACCAGAACCCGUUGUGGUUUUCGCCUGCCGACACCUCUACCACCGACGUUGCGUGAUGAAGGCUAUCAGCACGGGGGCCCAACCUGCUGAAACCGCGUUUCGGCGCGACCAUUUACCCGAGCUGUUCUGUCCGGCUUGUAUAUAG